CACCGCCUCUGCUAUCUUCUGAGAGCAGACAUCUCUUUGACAAGAGAAAAAAAUUUUUAAAAAAAAAAUUGCCAUGCCGAAUAUCACUCCUGAAGAACACCGGCUAAUCGCAGAGCCUUAUGUUCCAAAGUACAGUCCAUUUCGAGGCAAGCCCGUCCUAGUCAAGCAACGCCAUGACAACCCCGAAGCGGUCUUUCUAAAGCGUCCGUGGCAUGGACCACUGCUUUUCGAUAACAACACCUCUGAUGCCCGCGAUCAUUGUGCGAACGAAAGAACAUUCCUCUCGUGGCUGCGGCUCGCAGUGUAUAUGGCCGUCGUGUCUGUCGCUAUCAUGGUAUCAUUUCAUCUCAAACAUCAACCUACCCAAACAGAAAAACGCUUAGCUCUGCCCUUCGGUAUCAUUUUCUGGUUCCUGAGUCUUUGUUGUCUCAUCGCAGGAGUUUCGAACUACAUCAGGACCGUGUCGCGAUAUUCGAGACAAGCUGCCUUGGUUCAAAGUGGCUGGAAGACAGAAGUGGUAUGCACGAGAAUACUAUUAUACUGCAUGCUCUCAGUGCAUUCUAACAUGAGCUUCGCCACUUAGGUCUUCACAGUUGUAGCCACUGCUAUAGUAGCUGCAUGUGUGCUGUUCCUUGCAACUAAUGCCAGUACUCGAACGCAGUCGGUGAUGGACAUGUUGAUCUCGCAAUGAACAAACAGGAAACGAUGUCUAAUUGAAAUUAAUCGAAACGUUAUCCGAGGUGAACAAGACUUAAGCCUUAAGUCUAGAGUUGCGAUCUCGCAUAUGGAGCUCCAGCUCGAGCUCUGCUAAAUUCAUUACCAAGGUGAGCUUAUGUGGCCUUUAUUGAUUUUGAUUCCUCCUAAUAGCCUUUGCCGUGCCUCCGAAGCAAAAGAUGUACGCUUGAUGUUGGAGAAGGCUCAAAUGAAAGCCGAUAAUCAGAAGAUCUAGCUGAAGAUAUAAAUACAUGACGACGCAGGUCAUACGACAAGGGUAGAAUUUAUUUGCAUCUAGGAAUAUCCUAUACGCCUGGACUUGAUAGCUUGACUAGAGUACUCGAUUCAUGCAAAAUUUAAUAGUCUUGUUCGUGUCAUCGAACUGAUUUUAGCAGCCAGUGAGAAUACCCGAC